CAAUCAACCUUCACAUGUUCUUGAAGCUCAAAACUUCUCAACCUAGCCAUUGCAUUGCAGUUCGUUCCCAACACCACACUCUGCACAAUCCCAUUCCAAAGCGCCACCGCUUUCUCCGAGCAACCACCGUCAAUGAGUUUCCCAAAAAGCCCUCGCCAUUCUUCUCCUUAUUCUCCCUCCUCCCCUUCCUCUUCUUCCUACAUUCCACCCCACCGUACCCAGCUGCACCCUCGCAUGAUCUCCCUCUAUACUUCUUCUUCUCCUUCUUCCAGUCACACAAAUCCAAAUCCCAACAAGCCCCACACCGGAAAAUGCCUUCUCUUCCUCUUCGCCUUCCUCUUCUUCACUGCUCCAUUCCUCUUCUACCUCUUUUCCACCGCCCUCCAAAUCCACUCCUCCCCCAAAUUCGGCGAUUCUCGCCCUGUCUCCUUCGCCCUCGCUUUCCGCGCCGGCCCCGACGCUCUCCGCCUCUCCGUUUACCACUUUCUUGGCCCCGGCCUCGGCCUCCUCGCCGCCGCUCACUCCGCCGCCGCCGCUCCCGGCUAUGCUGCCCCGCCCGACGCGCUCCGUGGCGCCGUCGCUGAGCUUGUCCGGUUCGCUAAGGGCAAGGUGCCUCGCCGGGAGUGGGGGAACACCGUCGUGCGGCUUGCGGCCUCCGAGGAGCUCGAGCAGCUCGGCUCCGAGGAAGCAGAGAAGGUUCUGGAAUGUUGCAGAAAGGCCUUAAAGGCGUCCGGGUUCUUGUUCAAGGAUGAAUGGGCACGCGUCGUUUCAGGAGAAGAACAAGGCAUCUCUUCUUGGGUUGCAGUAAAUUAUGCUCUUGGAAAUUUGGGACGCGAGCCUCACGAAACAACUGGAAUAGUUGAACUUGGUGGGGGUUCUUUGCAGGAUGUAGUCUGGAAAUCAUUAGAGGAGAGACUGAAAUACAGAGAAUUGAAGCUUUCGUCAAAAUCUAGCAAAAGAAAUAUCGCCAAUCCUUGCAUUCCUAGAGGGUAUGAGUACCCUGAUAUCUCUAAUGCAAGUUAUGUAAAACAUGCAAUCUUUCAACCAGCUGGAAAUUUCACUACAUGCAGAUCAGAAGCUUUUUCAUUGUUAAAAAGAACAGAAGAUAAAUGCCUUCACUCACCAUGUAAAAUCACUUCAUCGUUCCCCGAAUUAUUAGGCGAGCAAGAUUCAAAAAGCUUCUUGUAUACUUCUGAGAUUCUUAGGAUGGCUCCUAGGACUUUGUUUCAAUUAGAGGAAGCAGGCCGACAUUACUGUGAAGAUCAUUGGGAUGCUCUCAAAGAUCAACAUAAUGAAAUUGAUUAUCUGGAUUUAUUGCAGUAUUGUUUCUCUUCUGCCUAUAUGCUGGCUCUAUUGCAUGAUGUUCUUGGGAUUGCUAUGGAAGAGAAAAGGGUUGGAUUUGGGAACGAGAAGAUUAACAGUCACGUAGAUUGGACACUCGGAUCCUUCAUAAUUGAAACAAUGGGAGAACCCCUUGAAUUGGAACAUAUAGAUACGGGGAUGAUACUAGGGAAUGAAUCAGUCACAUAUUUUUCAUUAUUUGCAUUUCUUUUCUUAAUCAUACUUGCUGCAUUCUUUGUUAUGCAAUGGAGAAAGCCACAAUUGAAGACGGUAUAUGACCUUGAGAAGGGACACUAUAUUGUUACAAGAAUACGCAGAUCACAGCCCCAGCUAUGCACAGAAAGGACCAUUGUCUGGAAUAUGUGGGAGCUAGCUCAUUGACUUUUGGCUGUUUCAUAAUUGUAUUUUUUUCUCCUCUUGUUUUUGUCUUCCAGAUGUGGAAGAGGGAAGGUGAAAGAGAUGCCUUAAAAUCUGGCACUUUAUAUUUAGUAAUCAACGGGGAUGUGCAGGUAGAUGGAUGGUCACGAUCAUAUUAUCAAAAUUAGAUAGUUACUUGCAUUUUACCGAGUAUAUAAGUCCCACUCUAUUCUAAUGUUUAUUUCCUGUUAUUAA